AUGCCUCGCGAAGCAAUCGACAAUUUGAUCCAUGAAGGCGAAAAUCCCGACGAAGUUUUCGAUCCGCCCUACCUGCUCACCGACGGUAACGACGCUCCAGCGCGGCAUCCCACUCUUGAGCGCCUCUGGCGCCAAGGCACGGAAAGCCGUCGCUUGAUGGAAGAAAGCCAAUCUUUCACCAUCGCCGUCGCUUUCAAGAUUCACACCAACGAUACUGUUGAUGUGAUGCCCGGAAUGGCCAAAGCUCAAUCUCCUUCGAAGGUCACCGCCGGCAAAAAGAAACCACCGCCAGCUCCUACAGGCGCCAUCAUUGAUUCGACCGAUUUCAAAGACGGGCGCCUCUUAGACUUCAAAGUCUUCUUGUAUGGCAAGUCUUUGAACAAAUUCAAAGACUUGAUCGGCGAUGUUUGUGACGAGUAUUUUCCAGGAAUCAAGAAAGUGGUUCUUGAAAGUGCGUUAGCACCACUGUUGACGUGGAAUGCGAGUGUUGGUUCCAAAAAAACCAAAUUGGUAGAUUACAAAAGUUAUCAAGAGUUGGUUAACAAUUUGGACAAAAGUCGUACCUCAAAAGGUACAAUCAACAUAGUACUUCCAAAAGCGCAAGUCAAAGAAAAACGGAAUGCUCAGGCCAUCGGGGCAAUGGGGUAUAUCAAAGGGACCGCUGGACCUACUUCAAUCGAAGCUGAACUGGCCGCUUCCAAGGAGGAAACAGCUUCGGCCAAAGAGGAAACGAAGCGGCCAAAGAGUUAG